UCAGAAGUUGUUUGUUUGGGUUUAUUCUUUGCUUAUUCAUUAUGUAGAUUUUAUUGGAGAUUAUAUGAACUUAAUUAAUUAAGAAGAGUUCCUUUUCAUCUGCUUCGUUCUUUUUCCUGGUGAAGUGGAAUUGUUAGAAUUGACUCUCUCUCUCUCUCUUGCGGAAUCUUUGUUAGAGUUCAAACCUAUGGGUGAUGGUACUCCCAGGAAAUUAAAUAUCUUAACUGAUCACUUUACUGUACCUACUCCCACCACCGAAGCUGCUCAAGAGGACUCUCCUUCUUCUCCAUCAUCUUCUCACCCCAAAGAAGAUAUUAACAUUUCUUCAAGGUCUCAUAGUCAAAGCCAGUCCAGUACUCGCAGGAAACUGAAAAGAGCAGCACAUAUGCUGAAUCUCUUCUCUCUUCGCCGGCUGCCUUGGGUUUCUGAUGGUCAAGAAAAGGUAGAGCUAUCAGCAGUAGAGUUAGAGUCACUUAGAUCAGAACUAUCUGAGUUAGAAGAAAGAGAAUCUUACCUCAAAGCACAGUUGGAACAUGUGGAUGAAGUCUUGCGCUCUGCUCGUUUAUCUGGCUAUCUCUUUAUCCGAAGUCGGUGGGAAGCUCUACCCGGUGAACCACCUCCGCUAGACGAUGCAGAAGUAGAUGACUGGCUUCCUCGAUUCGUCGUCCUUCAAGGACCUUGUCUCUUCUUCUACUUAUUAUCUACUGAUUUGAGCCCUCAAGAUUCGACAUUGCUAGCGGAUAUCGUUGAAGUUGGUUCGUUGCCAAGCUACACUAGAGAGUUCGAUGAAACCCAUCAUUGCUUUUAUAUCUUAACCCGUCAAGGUCUAAGGUUCGAGUGCUCAAGCACUUCUAAAACACAGGUCAGGUGGAUUCGUGGUUGUCGGUAUUGCGACAUGAUUGUAGGUUUGUGCCAGAAGAAAGGUUACCAGAUGGAUCAAGCGAAACUGCUGGAGUGGAUUGAAGAUUGUUUCACACUUUAGCUGCUCUGUGAUAGUUUUCAUUUUUUUCUAAUGUAUAUAAUAUGCUUUUUCUUAAGAUGUAGUUAGAAUUCACGUCAUUGAAAAAUUCUUUUACUCAACUGGUGAUUAUAAACAUCAUAACUUAUGUGGCUUUGUUGUGGAGUUACUGAUUUGGGCAGAAUAAGAACUUUGAGGAGGAC